UGCCCACAAAGACACGUGGGUACAAAUUGUGACGUUAUCUGUCACUGCAACGACAGUAAGUGUGACAGUAAUGGUUCGUGCACGAAUGGAUCUCAUUGCACUGCCGGUUGGUUUGGCCCAGCGUGUCAAUACUGUAAGUUUACUUUAGGAAAAAAUAUUUUAGAAAAUAAAAGUUGAAGUGAAUACACUAUGUCAGUACUAUGUGCCAAGCAUAAGACAUAUUUUAUUAUUAAUAAAACAGGAAGGAAAAAAAAGUUAGAUCGUCGGACAAUAAAUUGUAAGCGUCAUAUUACAUAUACUUACACAACGAUUUCUACAUCAUAUGAUUAGAGUUGAAACUAUAGAUGUUGAAUCUUUGUGAGUAGAAUCGAUGAGAGUUCAAAGAUAUCAUUUAAACAUUGAACUGACUAAGCCAUUUAACAUUAUCAAACAUUAUUUCUGACAUUUUUUUUUUUGUGUGGUGCAAUAUACAAACAAUUCAUCGGGCACAGGAACAAAAUUAUUGAACAUGAUUUGCAAAAUUAAGAAUUUAAGAUUUGAAGUUCGCUCAUAAUGAAACAUAAGAAGGAAAAUAAAGAAAGGUGAGAGUGAGUCUCUUGUCUUAUUUGCAAUAGCAUUGGACCUCUAACUCAUUGCUUCUGGUGCUAGUGGUGAUUCUCCAUGGCUGCACUUACUUUAGUAGUGCAAAAUCCGUGCCAUUGUGCGUUUCGGAGUACUCAACGAAAGUUUGAAUCUCAAGGAUGUGUCAAUGCGAUGUUGGCAUUUUCUCGUGUCUUAUGUUCAAUGAGUCAUGACAUGUAUUGAUCUUCGCGUUGUGCGGCCACCAAUGGUUAACAAGUGCAUUUGAGUGUGUGUGUGUGGGGGGGGGGGUUGUGGUCUUUGGACAGUGAUUCUAAAGUAAGUCAGAAAUGUAUUUUUUGUUGCUUUGUCCUCAGGGGAUGCAGCGUCCACAGCAACCACACUCGAUUUAACACUUCGAGACGGCAACGACAGAACCUGUGUACGUAUUGACAGCGAAACGCAAGAGAUAUCGCUGAGCCACCCAGUGCUGUUCACCUGGAUGAGGGUU